CUACUGCUACCCCUUGACUAUUAAACCCAGUCAACGCUCCACCGGAUAUUGCCUGCACGCGACGAGAUGUGUAAAUAAGAUUUGUGAACUUAACAAGGAUUCAUAGCUUCCGUUUGUUCCUGUGCCGGCCAAUUCAGAGGUCAACAUUUAUCGAGGGUGUGCGGCGCGUGCAGCUGGCUGCGCAUAAUUUGCAGCUAACAAAUCAGCUGCAACAAGUCUUUGUCAAUGGAGAAAAAUCUCGACAAAUCCGGUAGCCCGACUCCCCAGUUCCUGACCCCCAGCAGCGAGGCGCCUCGAGGACAAGCGCGUGAGGAAGGAAAUAAGUCGGGAAUCUGAUUUCAUCGGAGAGUGAACGAAGAAGACGAAGUUGCGAUUGAGUUAUGUCGGCUUUUUGGCACUAAAAGGACGCGAACGCCUUUCCACCCCGACGAUAUUCACCAAUUUUACGAACACCCUGACAAUGAGGAGGGUGGACGCGUUCAGCUAUCGUGAAUCGGUAUCGUUAUUACUAAAAUUUCGAAACGCAAAAUCGGAUGCCUUAACAUUCAGAAUCUAAUCAUUUGUCGUUUCGCACCUGUAGGGAUUACGCGGAUUCUUUCCGACAAAAUCAGGAGCGGAAUUUUCCACCAAUUCAUAUUCCCCUGUAAUUGAUUCCCGUGGGCAAGUUUUCAUAUCAACUUUCGUUGCAUUCUAACAAGAGAUCCCGCCAACGUGUAUUUGUAUCAAGGAUCGGGCGACAUAUGAUCGCACUUUCCCCUCUCUUGUGAUAAGCAAAUGAGGGCGGGAGAAAGUAGGGAGGGACGAGGAUCACAGGUUUCAGACAUUUUUGUCAGCCGGAACGUCAGUCGCGCGUAGCACGCGGCGUUGAACAGACGUGAAGAAGGGACAUAGUCGCUAAUGUGCUCAGCGGUUAUUCGUGUAUCGCCGAUUUUUCACGGUCGUUUUAUUCGGUACAGGUGUUAGGUGACAAUGCACGUUGUAAACAACGACGAACAAAGUGUCUCGUGAUACGGUACAAUGUUUAGAUAAAUGUUCGAGUUUUUAUCGUUGCUAUUAUUAUUUUUUAUUACUACAAAAACUCGAGGUCGUACGUCAUUCGAAAUUACCAACAUUUGGAUGAAUGGAUAAGUAUCAACGACACGUCUUCGUGUUGACGUGAAGAAAAUUACGACCUUGUAUCUUUACACCGCAAAUAUCUCAGACGCUUCGCUAUGUGACUAAUAUGCUGCAGUCGCGGAGAGUUAUUCAAAUCAUUCAAAUAAUCUCUAGCUCAUUUCACAGUUAUUCAUUAUAGUGCUAAUUAUCGCAACUUGUGACGAAUUAAUUUGUGUAAGGCAUUUCGAGUGUUGGAUUGUUCUACAAAAUUUCAUAUAAUCGUCAUCACCUUCAAUUUUUACCUUCACUUUCUGGUUAUGAUAAUUUAAUCACUGGAGCAGCACGCUGCAACCUCCCGACGACUAUUGCUGCAUCUUUCAUAAGAGAUGAGAGAUAAGUUCGUUUUCAAUUCCACGGGUGUUACGGAGAUGCGUGACGUUGUGCCGGUAAAUAUACCGUCGUCGGAAGAUCUGAAGAAGCUGGAACGACGAACGGAAUUGGAAGAAAGUCCGGAAAACUGCGAUACCGAGCGUCAGAAAUGCGGCUGGUUUUGGCUGAGACCGAAAUGUCUGCAAAAAUUUCGGACCGCGAAAUGGGCACUUUUUUGGCUUUGUUGGGCCGGAGCGAUGCAAGGUAUGGUGGUGAACGGUUUCGUCAACGUCGUUAUAACGACGAUUGAGAGAAGAUUCGGACUCCGAUCUUCCCAAACAGGAUUGAUAGCAGGUGGAUACGACAUCGCCAGUUUUUUACUGCUCGUACCGGUCAGCUACCUCGGAGGAAGAUCCAAAGCGUCGAAGCCCAGGUACGUCGGAAUCGGUGUCCUCGUUCUCGGUCUCGGAAGCCUGCUUUUCGCCUCCCCGCAUUACCUGGUCGGUACUUACAGGGCGGGUAAUCGGAACGAAAAUCUGUGCCACAGAGUCACGAACACUUCGUUGCGCACGACUACCUGCGACAGCAGUACUUCGGAGCAAAGGGACUUGGAGGCCUCGAGCGGCUUGUAUUUGGCCAUAUUUUUGAUCGCCCAACUACUUCACGGGGCCGGUGCCGCGCCCCUUUACACGCUGGGCGUAACUUACCUCGACGAGAACGUCUCCAAGAAAAUGUCCUCGGUUUAUUUGGGUAUUUAUUACACCAUGGCAGUCCUAGGACCGGCCUUAGGGUACGUGGUCGGCGGAGAACUGCUGAAACUCUACACGGAUUUUAUCGUCGUCGAUCCGGCCUCGAUCGGCAUGACGCCGGACAGUAACGUGUGGGUGGGCGCUUGGUGGAUCGGUUUUUUGGCCGCAGCCUUGAUAUGUUUCGCGGUGGCGAUACCUCUGCUAGGAUUUCCCGGCGAACUACCAGGCUCGCAAGAACUGGCGAAGGAACGAGUGUCCGAAGCUCACGGUCUGCAGUCGGUCUCAUCGGCGUCGUCGUCGAACGGAGACGUGGCGUUUACGAAGAUGCGAGAGCUUCCCAAAGCCCUGACCGCUCUCCUGGGUAACCCGGCAUUUUUCAUGUUGAAUUUAGCGGGAGCGAGCGAAGGACUUCUCAUCGCAGGCUUCGCAGCCUUCCUCCCCAAGCUGAUAGAAAAUCAGUUCAGCGUCACCGCAAGCUCGGCGGCUCUCUUAAUGGGACUGGUGACCGUCCCAGCCGGAGGUGGAGGUACGUUUUUAGGUGGUUACCUGGUGAAGCGCUGGAACCUUCAGUGCGCUGGAAUUCUCCGAUUUUGUCUGAUAGCGACCGCGGCUUGCAUAGUUUUUACCAUGUGCUUCGCCCUGAGCUGUUCAAAUUUGAAAUUCGCCGGUCUCACGGUACCGUAUCACCAGGUUGGAAGGAAACCACCGUCUUUGGAGAACCCCUGUAACGCCGGUUGCGGAUGUUCGACGACCGAAUUCAACCCCCUUUGCGGGGCGGACGGAGUGACUUAUUAUUCGCCGUGCCACGCGGGGUGCCACCAAGAGACGCCAAUCAACGACGUCAAAAUCUACACGAACUGCAAUUGCAUCCACGGCCCACCGGGGAAUCUUUCCAUAUCCGGAGAUGCCGAGUACAACGUCAGCUACGAGGCAAUCAACACGACCUGUCAGAGCACCUGCGGUCAUCUGUGGCUAUUCGUUGGUCUUGCAUUUUGCAACAUGUUCUUGACAUUCUUAUGCACGAUGCCCGCCCUAUCGUCCACACUAAGAGUCGUCCGGGACGAACAGCGGUCCUUCGCUCUGGGAAUACAGUGGAUCAAGGUUCGUAUUCUUGGAACGAUACCAGCGCCCAUGAUAUUUGGUAUCCUAAUAGACGAGACCUGCAUACUUUGGCACGAAUCCUGCGAGGGCAGGGGAGCCUGUCUGGUCUACGAUAAUCUCUAUAUGAGCCGGUACAUGCUCGCGUUGGCGUUCAUCGGGAAAGCGGCGUCCCUUCUCUUCUUUUUUCUCGCUUGGUGGUUCUACAUUCCUCCUGCCGGUGGAAAUAUAAACUCGGAAAAUCGACAGGAGACCGUUUCCACUUUGGCGUUGAGCGAGCCCCCCGGCGCACCUGUGGACACGUAAUUCUUUGAGAAAAUAUGAAAAUUACAUCUGUGCUUCUUUUUUCGAAAAAAUCAGAGGACAAGAAACUCGUUGUACGAGUCACUAAAAAAAAUGAUCAAUAUUUUUCGUUGUAUUGUAGGUAGUUCACUCGCAACACCCUGCACUCGUUCGUACUCUGAUAAUUCAUCGAUCUAGAGUGUGUGACCGAGCCUAAUUCGUUCGAUGUAUGUAUAUUCAAAAUAUUAUAACGUGGAUCUCAUAAUUUUCAGCUGGUAGUAAUUAAAUGUCGUGUACUUUUUUAUAUGAUGUCGCAUUAGUGAUGACAAUGAUAAUGAUAACUGUGAAAGAUUAUCAUCGCUAGCCAGCGAAGCCGCAAUCUACGACAGAUUCGGCGAGCUUUUUUAUAUCAUCGGAAUGGAAGGAGGGGGAAAAAAAUGUACUCGAAAUAAUUUAUCGAAAUUUUGAAUGGUGGUCAGUUGAUGUGUACGAAUUUAUUCGGUAUCAAAAAAUAAAUGUACAAUGUACGUGUGCGGUAAA